AUGCUUCACAUCUAUACGACUGAAGUUCCACAAAGUAUCUCAAAAGGUGAAUUUUCAACCACAACCGAGCCUGUCGCAACCACAUCAACAUCCGUGCAAUCUGAGCCAACAAAUAUUUCCACCACUUCUUCAGGAGAAACUCCUUCGACCACAAAUUCUGAUGCUUCACACUAUACGACUGAAAGUUCCACAACAGUAUCUCAAAUAGGUGAAUUUUCAACCACAACCGAGUCUGUCGCAACCACAUCAACAUCCGUGCAAUCUGAGCCAGCAAUAUUUUUCACCACUUCUUCAGGAGAAACUCCUUCGACCACAAAUUCUGAUGCUUCACCUAUACGACUGAAAGUUCCACAAAGAGAAACUCCUUCGACCACAAAUUCUGAUGCUUCACACUAUACGACUGAAAGUUCCACAACAGUAUCUCAAAAAGGUGAAUUUUCAACCACAACCGAGUCUGUCGCAACCACAUCAACAUCCGUGCAAUCUGAGCCAGCAAAUAUUUCCACCACUUCUUCAGGAGAAACUCCUUCGACCACAAAUUCUGAUGCUUCACACUAUACGACUGAAAGUUCCACAACAGUAUCUCAAAAAGGUGAAUUUUCAACCACAACCGAGCCUGUCGCAACCACAUCAACAUCCGUGCAAUCUGAGCCAGCAAAUAUUUCCACCACUUCUUCAGGAGAAACUCCUUCGACCACAAAUUCUGAUGCUUCACACUAUACGACUGAAAGUUCCACAACAGUAUCUCAAAUAGGUGAAUUUUCAACCACAACCGAGCCUGUCGCAACCACAUCAACAUCCGUGCAAUCUGAGCCAACAAAUAUUUCCACCACUUCUUCAGGAGAAACUCCUUCGACCACAAAUUCUGAUGCUUUACACUAUACGACUGAAAGUUCCACAGGAGUAUCUCAAAUAGGUGAAUUUGCAACCACAACCGAAUCUGACGCAACCACAUCAACAUCCGUGCAAUCUGAGCCAGCAAAUAUUUCCACCACUUCUUCAGGAGAAACUCCUUCGAACACAAAUUCUGAUGCUUCAUACUAUACGACUGAAAGAGAAACUCCUUCGACCACAAAUUCUGAUGCUUACUAUACGACUGAAAGUUCCACAAGAGUAUCUCAAAUAGGUGAAUUUUCAACCACAACCGAAUCUGACGCAACCACAUCAACAUCCGUGCAAUCUGAGCCAACAAAUAUUUCCACCACUUCUUCAGGAGAAACUCCUUCGACCACAAAUUCUGAUGCUUUACACUAUACGACUGAAAGUUCCACAGGAGUAUCUCAAAUAGGUGAAUUUGCAACCACAACCGAAUCUGACGCAACCACAUCAACAUCCGUACAAUCUGAGCCAACAAAUAUUUCCACCACUUCUUCAGGAGAAACUCCUUCGACCACAAAUUCUGAUGCUUCACACUAUACGACUGAAAGUUCCACAACAGUAUCUCAAAAAGGAGAAACUCCUUCGACCACAAAUUCUGAUGCUUCACACUAUACGACUGAAAGUUCCACAGGAGUAUCUCAAAUAGGUGAAUUUGCAACCACAACCGAAUCUGACGCAACCACAUCAACAUCCGUGCAAUCUGAGCCAACAAAUAUUUCCACCACUUCUUCAGGAGAAACUCCUUCGACCACAAAUUCUGAUGCUUUACACUAUACGACUGAAAGUUCCACAAAGUAUCUCAAAUAG